GGCUGCGAGGCCGCUCGGAGGACGCACCUCGGCCGGCCGGCGCAGCCCGCACCGCGCCCGGAGCUCAGCCCCGCGGAGGCGGAGGACACGGCUUCCACGGAGGGGUCCCUCCCCGGACUCCCGUGGCCACCAUGGCGCGGCUGGCGGCGUCCCGGCGCCCAGGGCUGCUGGCGCGUCUCCUCGGUGGCACCUGGUGCCUGCUCUGUGUGGCCGGACAGGUAUGUGGAGACCAAAGCCAAGGGGCUGUUUUCCUGAGAGAAUUUACACUGAUUCGAAGAGAGAGCCUUCAUGAAGAUUUUCUGUCUGACCUCUUGAAUAAUCAUAAAACUGAAGACUCGAGCUCCCGGACAGCGCGCUCCGAGGAGGACCGCGACGGCCUCUGGGACGCCUGGGGCCCCUGGAGCGAGUGUUCCCGCACCUGCGGGGGAGGCGCCUCCUACUCCCUGCGAAGAUGUCUCAGCAGCAAGAGCUGUGAAGGAAGAAAUAUCAGAUACAGAACUUGCAGUAAUGUGGACUGCCCACCAGAAGCAGGUGAUUUCCGAGCUCAGCAAUGCUCGGCUCAUAAUGAUGUCAAGCACCAUGGCCAGUUUUAUGAGUGGCUUCCCGUGUCUAAUGACCCUGACAAUCCAUGUUCGCUCAAGUGCCAAGCCAAAGGAACAAACCUAGUUGUUGAACUAGCCCCUAAGGUCUUAGACGGUACUCGUUGCUACACCGAAUCUUUGGAUAUGUGCAUCAGCGGUUUAUGUCAAAUUGUUGGCUGCGACCACCAGCUGGGAAGCACCGCUAAGGAGGAUAACUGUGGGGUCUGCACCGGAGAUGGGUCCACCUGCCGGCUGGUCCGAGGGCAAUAUAAAUCCCAGCUCUCUGCAACUAAAUUGGAUGAUACUGUGGUUGCCAUUCCAUAUGGAAGUAGACAUAUUCGCCUUGUCUUAAAAGGACCUGAUCACUUGUAUCUGGAAACCAAAACCCUCCAAGGGGGUAAAGGUGAAAACAGUCUCAGCUCUACAGGCAACUUUCUUGUGGAUAAUUCUAGUGUGGACUUCCAGAAAUUUCCAGACAAAGAGAUAUUGAGAAUGACUGGACCACUGACAGCAGAUUUUAUUAUCAAGAUCCGGAAUUCGGGGCCUGCAGACAGCACAGUCCAGUUCAUCUUCUAUCAGCCCAUCAUCCACCGCUGGAGGGAGACAGAUUUCUUUCCUUGCUCAGCAACCUGUGGAGGAGGUUACCAGCUAACAUCUGCUGAGUGUUAUGAUCUCCGGAGCAACAGAGUGGUUGCUGAUCAGUACUGUCACUAUUACCCAGAGAACAUCAAGCCCAAACCCAAGCUCCAGGAGUGCAACUUGGAUCCUUGUCCUGCCAGUGACGGAUACAAGCAGAUCAUGCCUUAUGACCUCUACCAUCCCCUUCCUCGGUGGGAGGCCACCCCAUGGACCGCGUGCUCCUCCUCGUGUGGGGGGGGCAUCCAGAGCCGGGCAGUUUCCUGUGUGGAGGAGGACAUCCAGGGGCAUGUCACUUCAGUGGAAGAGUGGAAAUGCAUGUACACCCCUAAGAUGCCCAUCGUGCAGCCCUGCAACAUUUUUGACUGCCCUAAAUGGCUGGCACAGGAGUGGUCUCCGUGCACAGUGACAUGUGGCCAGGGCCUCAGGUACCGUGUGGUCCUCUGCAUGGACCACCGAGGGAUGCACACAGGAGGCUGCAGCCCGAAAACAAAGCCCCACAUAAAAGAGGAAUGCAUCAUACCGACUCCAUGCUACAAACCCAAAGAGAAACUCCCCGUGGAGGCCAAGCUGCCAUGGUACAAACAGGCUCAGGAGCUGGAAGAAGCAGCUGCCGUGUCAGAAGAGCCCUCGUUCGUCCCAGAGGCCUGGUCAGCCUGUACAGUCACGUGUGGUGUGGGGAUCCAGGUGCGAAUAGUCAGGUGCCAGGUGCUCCUGUCUUUCUCACAGUCCGUGGCUGACCUGCCUGUUGAAGAGUGUGAAGGCCCCAAGCCGGCAUCCCAGCGUGCCUGUUAUGCAGGACCAUGCAACGGGGAGAUUCCUGAGUUUAACACGGACGACGCAGAUGGGCUCCUGGGUGGCCUGCAGGAUCUCGAUGUGCUGUAUGACUGGACGUAUGAGGGGUUCACCAAGUGCUCCCAGUCAUGUGGAGGAGGUGUCCAAGAGGCUGUGGUGAGCUGCCUGAACAAAGAGACUCGGGAGCAUGCUGAUUCAAACCUGUGCGUGACCAGCCGCCGGCCCCCACAGCGCCUGGAACCAUGCAACUUGGAUCCCUGCCCAGGAAGGUGGGAAACUGGCCGAUGGAGUCCGUGUAGCUUUACCUGUGGCGUUGGCCUGCAAACCAGAGAUGUCUUCUGCUCCCAUCUGCUUUCCAGAGAGAUGAAUGAGAUGGUGAUUCUGGCUGAUGAGCUGUGUCAUGGCCCCAAGCCCAGCACAGUACAAGUUUGCAACCGUUUCAACUGUCCCCCGGCCUGGUACCCCGAACAGUGGCAGCCGUGUUCCAGGACCUGUGGAGGAGGUGUUCAGAAACGUGAGGUUCUUUGCAAGCAGCGCAUGGCUGAUGGCAGCUUCCUGGAGCUUCCUGACACCUUCUGUUCUGCCUCCAAGCCAGUGUCCCAGCAAGACUGCAAGAAAGAAGACUGCCCCAGUGAGUGGCUUCUCUCCAACUGGACAGAGUGUUCCACAAGCUGUGGGGAAGGCACCCAGACGCGAAGUGCCGUUUGCCAGAAAGUGCUGAAAACCGGGGUCUCCACUGUUGUCAAUUCUACGCUGUGCCCACCCCUGCCUUUCUCUUCCUCCAUCAGGCCCUGUAUGCUGGCAGCCUGUGCAAGGCCUGGGCAGCCAUCCACAAAGUACAGCCCUCAGAUCACUGCUGCACGGAACGUGUAUAUCCAGAUGCGGCGACAGAGGAAACUGCACUUCGUCAUGGGUGGAAUCGCCUACUUGCUGCCCAAGACAGCCGUGGUACUCCGGUGCCACACACGAAGGUUCCACAAGCCGCUCAUCACAUGGGAGAAGGAUGGUCAGCACCUCAUCAGCUCUGCCCAUGUCACAGUGGCCCAUUUUGGCUACCUGAAGAUCCACCGCCUUAGGCCCUCUGAUGCUGGCGUGUACACCUGCUCUGCAGGACCUGCCAGGGAACAGUUUGUGAUUAAGCUCAUUGGAGGUAACCGCAAGCUCAUGGCACGGCCGGUGAGCCUUCCCAGUGAAGAAGAAGCCCUUCCAGAGAGGAAGUCCAGCCCAAAGGAGGCCCUACAGACCCACAAACACCAGAAUGGGAUCUUCUCCAACAGCAGCAAGGCUGAGAAGUGGGGUCUCACUCCUGACUUGGGGAGCCGCUAUGAUGACAUUGUCUCCCGGCUGUUGGAGCAUGGGGGCUGGCCCGAAGAGCUUCUGGCUUCCUGGGAGCUGCAAGACUUCACAGAAAGGAACGCAUCCUCCGAAGAGGAUCCAAAUGCUGAGCAGGCCCUUCUGCACCUCCCUUUCACCUUGGUGGCUGAGCAGAAACGCCUAGACAACAUUCUCAGGAACCUCUCCCAGCAGCCUGAGGAGCUACGUGACCUAUACAGCAAGCACCUGGUAGCCCAGCUGGCCCAGGACAUCUUCCGCAGCCACCUGGAACAGCAGGACAUGCUUCUUAAGCCCUCAGAGCAGAGGUUUCCCCUAGCGGCCACACCUCAUAAACACGUGUCCAGCUUCAGCACCUCCCUGCGGACCUCUGCCAGCGAGGCCAGCGGCAGCUCUCGCAGGCCACAUCGCAAGCCUACCAUCUUGCGGAAGAUCUCAGCUGCUCAGCAGCUAUCUGCCUCUGAGGUUGUCACCCACCUUGGGCAGACUGUAGUCCUGGCCAGUGGGACGCUGAGUGUGCUGCUAAACUGUGAAGCCAUUGGCAACCCAAGGCCGACCAUCAGCUGGGUCAGGAAUGGGGAAGAGAUUCAAUUCAGUGACAGGAUUCUUCUACAGCCAGAUGAUUCCUUACAGAUUUUGUCACCAGUGGAAGCUGAUGUGGGUUUCUACACUUGCAAUGCCACAAAUGCCUUAGGAUAUGACUCUGUCUCCAUUGCCGUCACAUUAGCAGGAAAGCCACUGAUGAAGACAUCUCGAAUGACUGUGAUCAACACAGAGAAGCCUACGGUCACUGUGGAUAUAGGAAGCACCGUCAAAACAGUGCAGGGCGUGAAUGUGACAAUUAACUGCCAAGUUGCAGGUGUGCCUGAAGCUGAAGUCACCUGGUUUAGGAAUAAAAGCAAUCUGGGCUCCUCUCACCACCUGCAUGAGGGCUCCUUGCUGCUGGUAAAUGUGUCAUCCUCGGAUCAGGGCCUGUACUCCUGCAGGGCAGCCAAUCUUCAUGGACAGCUGACUGAGCACACCCAUCUCCUCAUUCUAGAUCCUCCCCAGGUCCCCACACAGUUGGAAGAUAUCAGGGCCUUGCUCUCAGCUACUGGCCUGAACCUUCCUUCAGUGUUGACAUCCCCUAUGGGAACACAGCUGGUCCUGGAUCCUGGGAAUUCAGCUCUCCUUGGCUGCCCCAUCAAAGGUCACCCCAUGCCCAACAUCACCUGGCUCCACCGUGGUCAGCCAAUCACCACUGCCACAGGACUGACACAUCACAUCUUAGCAGCUGGACAGAUCCUGCAGGUUGCAAAUCUCAGUGUUGGGUCCCAAGGAGAAUUCAGUUGCCUCGCUCAGAAUGAAGCAGGGUUGCUCACACAGAAGGCAUCGUUAGUGAUCCAAGAUUACUGGUGGUCUGUGGACAGACUGGUCACCUGCUCGGCGUCUUGUGGUAACAGAGGGGUUCAGCAGCCUCGUCUCAGGUGUCUGCUGAACAACACAGAGGUUGACCCCGAGCACUGUUCCGGGAAGGUCCGCCCUGCUGUGCAGCCCGUCGCCUGCAACCGGAGGGACUGUCCUUCUCGGUGGAUGGUGACUUCCUGGUCCGCCUGUACCCGGAGCUGUGGUGGUGGCAUCCAGACCCGCCGGGUGACCUGCCAGAAGCUGAAGGCCUCGGGGUUCUCCACCCCUGUGUCCAAUGACUUGUGCAUCCAGCAUGCCAAACGCCCUGUGGACACCCAAGCCUGUAACCAACAGCUGUGUGUGGAGUGGGCCUUCUCCAGUUGGGGCCAGUGCAAUGGGCCUUGCAUGGGGCCCCACAUGGCCGUGCAGCAUAGACAGGUCUUCUGCCAGACCCGGGACGGCAUCACCUUACCAUCAGAGCAGUGCAGUGCCCUCCCCAGGCCCGUGAGCUCUCAGAACUGCUGGUCAGAAGCCUGCAGUGUACACUGGAGGGUUAGCCUGUGGACCCUGUGCACGGCGACCUGCGGCAACUAUGGCUUCCAGUCCCGGCGGGUGGAGUGUGUGCACGCCCACACCAACAAGGCUGUGUCUGACCACCUGUGUGCCUGGGGGGCCCGGCCUGCCAACUGGCAACGCUGCAACAUCACCCCGUGUGAAAACAGGGAGUGCAGAGACACCACCAGGUACUGCGAGAAGGUGAAACAGCUGAACCUCUGCCAGCUCAGCCAGUUCAAACUGCGCUGCUGUGGAACGUGUGGCAAAGCAUGAAGAGAGGGCACGAGAAAGAACCCUUCCCCGACUGCACAAAGGACUCGCAGCCACCUCCUCCACCACCUCGGACAGAACCUCCACUUCACGUAUUUGGCCUGCCCACCCUCCCACAUCCCCACCUCCACUGCUAAGGGCCGCAGCAGCUUUUCUUUCCCAGUGAGCUGGAGGACUGAUGUGUCAGGGGAUCCCGGGGCAGACGGCCCAGCUCCCUUGCAGAGCUAACUUCCUCUCAUCCGAGCUGGCUCUCUGAAAGGACAGGCCAGGCCGAGGAAGAGGGAGCCACAGCUCCCGCGGACAGGAGGAUCCCUGAGGGCUUGGGAAGUAUUGAUGCAAAGCUCAAACGCACCUGCAUCUUUCUUGGAAGCUGCUAAUGCAAGUGUUGUUCCCUUGUCUUCUCCUCGGCUCCCCUGAUGAUAAGGACAGGGGGACUGUGGUCCAGCACUUCAGUUCCUCUGGUGGGAAACAGAGAAGAGCGCUCAGACACAGAGAUGUAGCAGUAAAGGGGGAGACGAUCAAAGGAGGCCGAAGGCACACAGAAAUGCAGAAAAGUACAGAAAGGGAAAGGAGAGAAGUGGGAAAAGCCUGUGUAACUCAGUGGGGAGGAGCAAGGAGACAGAAGGGGCUUUGGGGCAGUGCAGGAGUCUCAUGAGAUGGGCUCUGAAUCCUGGUGCAUGCAUGCACCUCCAUGGGUUCGGGGAAGGUUCAGGGAUGUUUAGAGUGCUGCUGCCCUUUCAGAGUCCCCACUGACCAGGUAGGAGACCUGCCCCUCCAGGAAUGAGGGAAGAGUCCCUGCUCCCUGCUGAGUAAACUUUCUACCUGUGCAGCGAUGGCAAAGCCAGCAGGUGGUCAGCAUUCAAGCAUGCAGCAAAGCUGCUUCUGAUGUCUCCUUGCUUAAGUCGAGUCCCCAGCUCUGAACUAACUGCUGCUGUUGGCCAGGGACACUCCUGAGCAUGCACAGGCUUCCUCCCUGACAUAGCCUUUGCUGGGGACUCGGGCCUGUUGGUCAAAAUCAAUUUGCCAGAGAAUAUCUAUCUGUCUGAAGUAACCACUUCCUCCAGAGCUGGCCAGUGGGACAGUGGGGUGGGAUACUCACUGGGUUGGUGCACGCCAAUGGCACAGCCUGCCUGUCCCAGCCACCACUUCUAGGGUCUGCAGGCCCCACAUGGAGUACUGUGAGAGCUGCUGUACAUAGUAUUUAUGUGGCAGAUCAGGGGAGAUGAUGAGGAGCAAAGCCAAAGGGUAAAGACUUCUGGUCAGUCCUCAAAAGCUUUCCAACCCAUCCCCUCACACAAUGAAAUACCAUAACCCUUAUAGUAAUUAACAGACCACAGUUUUGGUGAUUCAGCUGCUCAGCAGGCAAAGCAGUGUACACACUUGUGCAGCACACACCAGCUUUGGUGAGACACUACAGCAAAGGCAAGAGGCAAAGCAAACACUGGGCAACUGUGCAGUGAAUUGCUCGUGCAGCAGAGGGCAACUACGGGCAAAUAGCUUUUACCUCGUCCCACUGAGUGGCCCAUUUAGCAAGGGGGCAGCCAGAGUCAUCUACCCCCCCAAUAAGCCAUCCCUCAUACACACAUUCAAGAAACGCCACUUACCCAAGGCCAUCAUUGACAUGAGGGCUGCAUUUUCCAGCCAGCCUAGAAGUGAGAUUUGGGCGGAAAUAAUAUUAAUCUGUCUUUUCUAGUUGAGCAACAGAUAGAGUCUCUUUCUUCCUCACCACAAAACGAGACUUUAAGAAAUCAUAUUACUAAAAAUCAGUGUAAUGUUUAUUUAAAAUAAAAGAGAAUGUUUUCUAUGUAUAUCUUUUGUGAAUAUUUAUUAGGAUUUCUUGUAUAAAAAGUGCAAUAUUAAUAAUUGUACAUUGUCAUCCUAAAAAAAUAUUGGGGGGAUUUUUUUAAUUAACUUCCUGAAGCUGUGUUUUGUAAACUCAGUGCUGAUUAUUAUAUUUUUCCUGUCUUUAAUAGAGGCUGGUGUUUAACUCUGGAUCCAUUUUUCACUGUGUACAGAAUAUAUUGUCAAAGCUAAUAUGGGACACUAGAGGUGAUUCGUUUGUGAUGCAAUAUUAUGCACAGAAGAAUGAAGAUAAAUUCCACACUGUUAAUGCAAUUGAUCAUUUCUAGCUCAAUGGCUAUUGAAAAUCUGCAGUAAAUAUUUACAUUUUCUGAAAAGCAGGCAUCUUCCAGCUUUACCAGCCAUCGGGGUAUAGAGCUGGGGUGUAGAGCAAGCCGAGAGCCUAGGUUUGGGGUGAAAAGCAUGUGCUCCUUGCAUGAGAUGAAUGUACAUUUAAUGUUUGUUCUGUGAAUUGUGACUCAGCAGUACCACUGCUUGUGAGGGCUGCUGACUAAUGUGGAAGGAGGUACUUCUUCCUCUAAAACACAAAACUGUUAUUUAUAUUUUUUGUACAGAUAAUACAGCUUAUUUAUUUAAA